AUGUUCUUCCGGAAGAAUACCAAUCCGGAGGUGCUGGAAGUCGGUCUGAAACUGCUCACUUUUAUCGGUCUGCAAGGUCCCGACGAACGACGCAUAUGGCGGUACUUUUUCGGUGUCAGUUUGCUGCUGGUGUUCAUCAUUCUGCCGAAGGCCAUUCUCGGUUCCGGCAAGGAAGGGUUCGACUCCAUGGCCAAAAGCAUUGCGGAGAUGUUCUUCCUGUGCGAUGUGUGCAUUGCCGUUGGAAUUUUCGCGACCCGGCGACGCCCGUUCGAGCAGAUGGUUCUGGUUUUGAGGCAGAUCUUCGAACGGUACGAAUCGCGGGAAUGCCUGGAUGAAAUACGACGGUUCAAUGUUCGAAUGCACAAUUUUGCGAAAGGAUACACUGUGUACAUAGUAUUUUUGGUGGCGAUGUUCAUCGUGAUGCCGAUUGUUUCGACACUUUACUUGGUGGCAUUCGUUCCCUCGAGCAAAAGAGGAGACUACGUGUUGGUGGUUGAAGUGCAGUUCUUCUAUUUGGACAUCCGCCGAAACUUUUUCCACUAUCUUAUCCAUUACGCGCUGUGCGCACCGCCGUCGCUUUGUUCAGCAUACCAAAGUUGCAUCAAGGGAACAAUAUUUCUAACCUCGCUGCAGUACGGAGCAGAACUUUUCGAACUGCUUCACAUGAGGAUUAGGAGCCUGGAUUCGAUGGAAGCCGGUGAACAACGUCGGGACGAGUUACGUAAGAUCAUCGAAUUGCACAAGUUGACGCUGAAGUAUGCGCAGCUGCUGGAGAAGACGAUUACGUUUAUUUUGAUCAACCAGAUGUUGAACUGUAUGGCGAUUUGGUGUCUGAUGAUGGUGUAUCUUUCGUCGAAUUACGGACCGAAUGCCAUCAACGUGGUAGUCAUGUUUGUCGUGCUGAUGGGUGAAAUGGUCGUCUAUUGUUUCAACGGAACGCGUCUGAGUGAAAAUGCCCUCGAAGUAAGCAAUGUCAUCUACAACUAUCAGUGGUAUGAGGAACCAGUGGCUAUGCAACGUGACAUGCGAUUUAUGAUUCAAAGAGCUCAGAAGCCAACGGGAAUUACGGCAGCGAAGUUCUACUUUGUCAACAUUGAACGGUUGGGAAUUGUUAUGCAAGCGUCUUACUCCUACUAUUUGCUGUUGAAGAACAACUUUUAA